GAGGAGUACACUUCCUCUGAGGAGCCAGCUCCCAGCUCUGGAAUAUUUACCACCUCUACCCCAGCAGAAGGAAUCACCUUCAUAAUCUCCUCCAGCACUGAACAAAGAGAUGGAGAUGAGAAGCUUCACAAUAAUUCUGCUGGUCCUAUGCUCUUGUAAUAAGUGUGUGGUGGUGGGCAGCUUGGAGAAAGAGCAGCUCAACCAUAGAGGGGAGCACAAACUGACGAGACACAACAUCGCCACAGCGCAGUACCAGUGUUUCCAGCGCAUGCUCAAGCAGGUCCAGCACAGAAACAAAACCACCGGUACACACACAAACACACAACACAAAGGUUUUUUUUACACAUUAUUUGAGCCUCAGCUGUGUCUGUCAGGUCCAGUGUGUAACAUGACGUGGGACGCGUGGCUGUGCUGGGAGGAGACCGAGGCGGGAAAGACCGCAGAGCAGAACUGUCCAGACUACUACGAGGACUUUGACCCCAAUGCCAUAGCCACCAAAGUGUGCUCAGAGACCGGCCAGUGGGGGCGCCAUCCUUUGAGUAACCGCACCUGGACCAACUUCACCAACUGCAAAGCCAACCCAGCACACAUGGAGGGCCGGGCCAAGCUCCAGGAGGCAGCGAUGACACACUUCUAUCUGGUGAUGAUCGGACACGGCCUCUCCCUCAUAUCCCUGCUCAUAUCGCUGGCAAUAUUCUUCCAUUUCAAGAGUUUGAGCUGUCAGAGGAUAACGCUGCACAAAAACCUGUUCAUCUCAUGUGUGCUCAACUCCAUCAUCACUGUGGUUCAGCUCACCACUUUAGCCAAGAACGAGGGACACAGUGAUUCGGUGAGCUGUAAGCUGCUGAUGUUUAUCCACCUGUACCUCCUGAGCUGUAACUACUUCUGGAUGCUGUGUGAGGGCAUCUACCUGCACACGCUUAUUGUGGUGGCCGUGUUUGCAGAGAAGCAGCACCUGGUGUGGUACUACCUCCUGGGCUGGGGAUUCCCUCUCAUUCCCGCGGUGAUACACUCCAUAGCACGCCAAUGCUACUACAACGACAAAUGCUGGGUCAGCUCACACACGUCAUUACUGUACAUUAUCCACGGACCCAUCUGUGCGGCUCUGGUGGUGAACUUGUUCUUCCUGCUAAACAUCGUGCGGGUGCUGAUCACAAAGCUGCGGGUGACCCACCAGGCCGAGUCCAGCCUGUAUAUGAGGGCAGUGAGGGCCACGCUGAUCCUCAUCCCUCUGCUGGGCAUCCAGUACGUGCUGCUGCCCUACAAGCCCCAGGAGCAGCACAUGGCCGAAGUCUACCUCUACGUCAUGGAGGUCCUCAUGCACUACCAGGGUCUACUAGUCUCCACAAUCUUCUGCUUCUUCAAUGGAGAGGUCCAGAACGUCCUGCGGAGACACUGGAACCAGCAGAGGAUGCAGUUAGCCGGGACUUUCGCCAACGCAGACUUCUUCAGAUCUGCGUCGUACGUGGCCUCGUCCCUGACCGAGGUGCACCGUUGUUAUAGCAUCGAGAGCCACACAGAGACCAUCCACUCCAAAAGCUACUCGGAUAUCUUCAGGUCCGACAGCCCUUUUGUGUGACGAACAACCAAGAACAACCUGGAAAACCACCUGGAAAAACUGUGAUCUGGAAGCUUCAACAGACUUUUGUGGAAUUCAUUAAUUCAAGGAGUUCUGUGGCACUGGUCUGGACACUGCAAAAGAGAAAAUGUACAGUUGAAAUGGACAUGGAUUUAUAAUAUUAAUCUUGAUUUGAGUAGUUUUAGAUACAAUUAAUUUAUUCAUUAACUGGGCCUAGAAUAUUUGACUUGAGGAAAUAGACUGAAGACAGAUACAUUGAUUAGUUUAGUCUAUGCAGCUUCCUGUUAUUGAGGACAUUUUAAGAACUUCCCACCUUUCAUAACAUAUGAUUUUUUUUUUCAAUUGUUAAUUGUUAUGAAAACAAUCCUAGUUUUUAAUUACUGUGAAAUCCAAGUAUAUUUGAAGGGAGAAUGUGCAGAAAGAUUAAAUUGAAUAGACUAGACUAGGAUGAGCAGACGUCCCUGUUGACCCGGGACAGUCCCAGUUUUGAGCCUGUGUCCUCUGUCUUAGCACAUUUAUACAAAACCACAGAUUUGCCCCAGUUUUAUACAAGAAAUGUCCCACAUGUCCCUAUUUUGACCAAUUUGAUCCCUGCCAACAGAAAAGAGAAACAUAAACUGCCAUUUGUUUGGGUAAAAUACAGCUGCUUAAAAGCUGCUUAAAAACGACAAAAACACAAAGAAAAUGUGACUAUACUGACUCACUUUAAUGGACAGGACAAUUUUCCUUAAUUACUCACUCGUUUCACAAUUUUAUUAUUACCAACCACCAUACACCAGGGAUGUCCCUGUUUUUGACUUUGAAAACCUGGUCACCCCAGGUUAUACCUAAAUAAGUAGAAUUAAGCUAAACUUCUCAAAUCAAGAUUUUCAGAAAUGCUUUCUUUAUAAGAGCACUGAGUGGCCGAUUGGAAUGUUUCCAAGAACUACAAGCAAAUUUAUGGAUUACCUGGACAUUUUUUAAGAACUGUCUUUAAACUUUGCAAAGACAGAAGACCAAAGCUGGAACUCAAGCCGUUUGCACAUCUCAUCAUGAGGUAUGUCUGUCUGACACUUUUUUUUGCACUUUUUGUGCUCAACUGUGCUUAACAAAAACAAAGCGAAGCUUGUUUUAGAAUACUGUAAAUACAUGUAUAUUUCAUGUAAUGUGACUGAUGUUUGAUGCUGGUCAUGCGCCUGCUGAAGAGCUGCUGGUCUCAGCUCAUGUCAAUGGAGCGUGGAAAGAUAAGAAUAUUUUAGUUUUUGUUUAAUUCUCUUUAACAUUUUAUUUUUAUGACUGGGAUAUGACCAGGAGAAUGUGAGGCAGAGAGGCUCUUGUCACAUACUGCAUGUAAAAAUAUAGAAAUAUGUGCAUAUAUUAAUAUUUUUUCUUGUAGGAUUUAAGACAUGAAUUUCAGUGCGUGUAAAAGAAUAUCUCUGUACUGUUCAAGUGAGGAGCCAAACCUCUGUAAAUAAACGAACCAAGUCACAAACACCUCUGGAAUUCCAGGGGUUGAGCCUGUAGACGCCGCUGCCGCCCGCUCUUCCUCCUGGAGACAUAUGGCAGAAGAGAGCCCAGGGUGUGGUUUCCCGCCAUGACCCCUCUCCCUGGUUCCCACUUGAGCUCAUAUUGUUUGUGGGACAAAGGGGGGGGUGUGAGACGGCCCUGGGCCAGCUCUCCACGCCGACUCAGGUACGAGAGGAACCCAACCAUCCAUCAAAGUCUCCCCACUUUAUGCUUAACAAUAAAGUGAGUUGUGCACGGGAGAAUGGGAUGGGAAGGCCUGUGGAUCAGACGAGUUGACAUCACCUUUUUGACAUCCUGCCAAAAGAUUUUAUUUCAUGACUCAUCUGAUCCGCAGUGGAAUCUACUGUAUCUUCCAAAACAGCAUGGACACUGUAGUUUAACUGUGAUAUUGGAGAGUUUUAUUUGGGAUGGAUCAAAUUCUGGUGCUAAUUCUGAUAUUGGCUGUUAUGGGAAAUUUGUAUCAGCUCUAGAUGGAAAACUGGCCCAGAAAGUCUCAUAAUGUUUAUUUACUCAAAGCUUUUCUGUCUUUACUUGUGAGAUAAAUAACAUCUACAUACAACAUUUGGAUCAGUUUUUUGUCUUAUUUUAUUUUUGGUUAAAGGAAAUAAAUGUUGUUUUCAG